UCAGAAGUUCGCGGUAGGCCUCGGUAAAACAUGGGAUACGAGCUGGACCGCUUUAAUGGAACAGUAGACCCGGACUUCAAGUGCAAUUUGUGCAACAAAGUUCUGGAGGAGCCGCUGACCACCCCGUGCGGCCACGUCUUCUGCUCCGGCUGCGUGUUGCCGUGGGUCGUCCGGCAGAGCAGCUGCCCCGUCAAAUGCCAGCGGGUCUCCGCCAAGGAGCUCAACCACGUCCUGCCGCUCAAAAACCUCAUCCUAAAGCUGGAGAUCAAAUGUGACAACCAUGCGCGCGGCUGCCAGGCGGUGGUGAAGCUGCAGCACCUGGCCGAGCACGCCGGGAUGUGCGCCUACUCGCCGGCCAAGUGCGGCCACAAGGGAUGCGACGCGGAGCUCAGCCCGCGGGACCUGGACGCGCACAUGCGGGAGACGUGCGACUUCCGCCCGGUGGGGACGUGCGAGCGCGGCUGCGGCUUGACGCUCACGCACCGGGAGCGGCGACUGAGCGCGCACUGCUGCGUGCGCGCCCUGAAGGCGCACAACAGCCUGCUGCGCUACAAGACCAUGUGCCUGGACCGGGAGUGCAAGAAGCAGACCAUCGAAGCCAACACGAGGGAAAAGGCGCUUCUGGCGCAACUUUCCGCCGCGCACGGCGAGCUGCAGAUGACAGCCGUCAAGUACCAGAAGAAAUUCGCAGAGUACAGCGAGAGGAUCGAUUCCCUCACCAGAACUGUGACUUUCUCCUGUAAGGAAGGAGAGACUAAAAGUGUGACAGUUAUCCUUCGUCGCGAGGGCGGAUCUCUGGGGUUUAACAUCAUGGGAGGAAGGCCAUGCGCGGAGGACAACGACAGCACUUUGAAGGAAGGGAUCUUUGUGUCAAAAAUCAUACAGGACGGACCCGCCGACAACGCAGACGGACUUCAACUCCACGACCGGAUUGUAGAGGUCAAUAGCAAAGAUCUCUCAACAGCAACUCACGACCAGGCGGUGGAGGCCUUCCGUAUCGCCAAGGAUCCCAUCAUGGUGCAAGUUUUGCGCCGGGCCCCACUGCCCAAAGUGGUCAGCCCUACCAGCGACACGCAGAUGUCAGAUAUCAGUACCCAGACAGAAAUCACCCUGCAGCACAUCAUGCCCCUUACCCUCACCAAACUGCAGCAGCCGUCGUCCUCCUUGACCGUGCUUGAGGAAUACCUGCUUCCAGACGCGCAUCCUCCUGGGCAUGAAUACUUUGACCCCAAUGACUUCCUGGACGGCAUCAAUCAGGACAUAGAACGUGAAGAGCUAGAAUAUGAGGAGGUAGAUCUGUACCGAGCCAACGUCCAGGAGAAGCUGGGCCUGACGAUCUGCUACAGGACUGACGACGAGGACGAAGCUGGGAUCUAUAUCAGUGAGAUCGACCCGAACAGCAUCGCAGCUAGAGAUGGCCGAAUUAGAGAGGGUGAUAAAAUCGUCCAGAUCAACGGCAUCGAGAUCCAAAACCGCGAAGAUGCAGUUGUGCUGCUGACCAGUGAAGGGAACCAAAACAUCUCUCUACUGGUUGCCAGACCAGAGAUACAGCUGGAUGAGGGCUGGAUGGAUGAUGACAGGAAUGACUUCUUGGAUGACCUCCACAUGGACAUGCUGGAGCAGCAGCACCAUCAGGCCAUGCAGUUCACUGCCAGCAGGCUGCAGCAGAAGAAGCACGAGGAGGACGGAGGCACCACUGACACGGCCACGCUUCUCUCCAAUCACCACGAAAAGGACAGCGGAGUCGGCCGCACCGACGAGAGCACCCGCAACGAUGAGAGUUCCGAGCAGGAGAACCUGGCCGACGACCAGACCACGUCCUGCAACACACUCAGCAGCUACAGGAAACUGACCUACAGCCAGGACACCCUGGGAAGCGCCGACCUGCCCUUCGGCGGCGACUACGCCGAGACCGACUUUCUCGGCAUCCCGGCGGACGAAUGUGAGCGCUUCAGAGAACUCCUGGAGCUCAAGUGCCAAAUGAGAAACGUGGGAAUUCAGAGCCUCUUCUGCCAAGGUGGCGGGGCAGGUCAGGACCAGGAAGUCGCGGACAAAGAGCUGGAGCUGCUCAAUGAGGAGCUGCGUAACAUCGAGCUGGAGUGCCUUAAUAUCGUCCGUGCCCACAAGAUGCAGCAGCUCCGGGAGCAGUGCCGUGAAUCCUGGAUGCUCCACAACAGUGGCUUCCGUAACUACAAUACUAGCAUAGAUGCACGCCGCCAUGAGCUGUCGGAUAUCACAGAGAUGCCGGAGAAAUCGGAUAAAGAUAGCUCCAGCGCCUACAAUACCGGGGAAAGCUGCCGAAGCACUCCUCUGACGUUGGAGCUGUCUCCAGACAACUCUCUGCGUCGUGGGACGGACGACCAGGGUCCGGCUGAGCCAACCGGCUCUAACGGCAGCCUGCUCAAAUCUCCCCCGUCUCCUGUCCAGGAAGCUGGUGGCCCCAGCCGGAGCAAAGCCGGAGCAAAGGAUCCAGAGUCUGUCCAAGUAGAAAAUAAGGAAAAGAUACUGGGAGAGUCCAGCAAAGCAGGGCGGAGCUAUGCUCAGCCACGGUCCCCUUACAAGCACGCCCAUAUCCCCGCCCACGCCCAGCACUACCAGAGCUACAUGCAGCUGAUCCAGCAGAAAUCGGCCGUAGAGUACGCCCAAAGCCAGAUGAGCCUGGUCAGCAUGUGCCGGGACCAGAUCAGUUCCAGCGACCUGGUCCCAAAGAUGGAGUGGAAAGUGAAGGUCCGAAGCGAUGGCACCCGUUACAUCACCAAGAGGCCCAUUCGUGACAAGCUGCUGAGGGAACGAGCCCUGCGCAUUCACGAGGAGCGCAGCGGCAUGACCACGGACGACGACGCCAUAAGCGAGCUGAAGAUGGGCCGUUACUGGAGCAAGGAAGAGAGGAAGCAGCACGCAGUCCGUUCAAAGGAGCAGAGGCAACGCCGCGAGUUCAUGAAGCAAAGUCGAGUCGAUUGUCUAAAGGAGCAGGUCAGCGUGGAAGACAAAAAAGAACCCAACAUCAUCGAACUCAGCCACAAAAAGAUGAUGAAAAAGAGAAAUAAGAAGAUAUUUGACAACUGGAUGACCAUCCAGGAACUGUUGACCCACGGUACCAAGUCCCCAGAUGGUACGAAAGUUUACACCUCGCUAUUGUCCGUGACCACGGUUUAGGUCCUGCUCUCCGUCGGACAGGACCGACAGGAUGGGGAUGAAGUGUAAAUAGAACUCUACCAGUUGGGGUCGAGACUUCUGCUUCGUUCAAUGUGGCAAAAUGUUGUAAAUAAGAAAUAGGAAAGACUUUUAUGGAGAGUUUCCACUGCUUUGGGGGUGAAAAAGCUUUGAUUUGUCUGGACGUGGUUGUGGGGAUGGUUCUGAAAAAAACUUUACCAAAUGAAUAACUUUUUCUACCUUUUGAAUAAUAAGCAUACUUUUUUUUACUGAAAGUAUGAAAAAAGUGCCAUACAUAAACAGCCAGCAUUUACACUAUUUUACAUGAUUUUGUUGUUACCAUACUGUAUAUCUUUCAUCAGUAUUGUUCUGCUUUGCUUUUAUGGAAAACAACAGUAGGAAGCAAUCCUUUCCAAAAGGACUUUUUUGUAAAUAAAUGUUUGCAGCAAA